AUGAAGAAACCACGAAAUCAAGAGAUUUCUAUAACGAAACAAAAACCGUCUAUUAUGACACCAAAGUUAUUACCAAAACAUGACGAUAAAAUGGUUAUAAUAGAAAAGGAACUUGUAGGACGAAAACCCACAGAAGCAGAGGGUGUUAGAGCAAAAAAGAUUUUAAAUGAAAACAAUCCUAAUAUAAAAUUAACUCAUAAAGUAGUACAAAGGGCAAUGACAGUUGCGCAGAAGAUAAUAACUAAGAAUGAAAGAAAUAUUGCAAACGCUUCUAAAUUAAUCAAAGUUAUCCAAAAACGUUCAAUGAUGAAUCAUGAGGAAAUUGGUCCAAAAUCUACUAUUUACAAUCAAACGGAAUAUACGGCAUCGCGAAUGUAUAAAAAAUCUAGUCCAAGGAAGUUUAGGAAAAAAAUCUCGAUGAAAAACGUUGCUGACUUUAAUAAAGCGAGUGAUAGCAAAAGGAUAAAGAGAGAUGUUUUAUAUCCAGGUACUGGUUGA